AUGUCAGUAGAGGAACGACCAGUGAUUUUUGACGACCAGAGCGAACUGCCCAAGGUCUUUGUGGGUGGCCGAAAGAGCAAGCUGGCUCUGGUCCAGACCCAGCAUGUGGCUGCUAUGCUCAAGAAGGUCCAUCCCGAUUACUCCUUCCCUGUGCUCGGUCUGACUACUUUGGGUGACCAGGUCCAGAGCAAGCCGCUGUACUCGUUCGACGGCAAGGCUCUGUGGACCAAGGAGCUGGAGACUCUGCUUCUAGAGAAGGUGCCAGGCUUUGACCAACAGGAUAUUAUCGUCCACUCCCUGAAGGACAUGCCUACCGUCCUGCCCGACGGCUGUGAGCUCGGAGCUAUUCUCACCCGAGAGGACCCUCGAGAUGCUCUAGUUAUGGCCGCUGGCUCUCCCUACAAGACUCUGGCCGAUCUUCCUGCUGGAUCAGUGGUUGGAACAUCUUCUAUUCGACGAUCUGCCCAGCUGAAGAAGUCGUAUCCCGGACUUGUCUACGAGAGUGUGCGAGGUAACGUGGGCACCCGUCUCAGCAAGCUGGACGAUCCUGAGACUCCCUACAAGUGUCUGAUCCUGGCAGCCGCUGGUCUGAAGCGGCUGGAUCUCGGAGACAGAAUCACAGGCUACCUGCAGAAGCCCGAUAUGCUGCACGCUGUGGGCCAGGGAGCUUUGGGCCUGGAGAUCCGACAGGGCGAUGAGAAGACCAAGAAGAUCCUCGAGGCAAUCUACGACAAGGAGUCCACUCUGUGCUGUCUUGCCGAGCGAGCUGUCAUGCGAACCCUGGAGGGAGGCUGCUCCGUGCCCAUUGGCGUUGAGACAAAGUACGAGAAUGGCAAGUUGACUUUGGACGCCAUUGUCGUGUCUGUUGAGGGUACCGAGUUUGUCGAGUGCACUCAGGUUCGAGCGGUUGAGGAGAACUGGGAGGCCGAGCAACUUGGUAAGGACGUAGCCGAGCAGCUGGUCAAGGAUGGCGCCAAGAAAAUUCUGGACGCCAUUCACCUGGAAAAUAUUAAAUAG